UACCGCAAAACAACAUCUUCCCCUAAAGAUCCCACAACAAUAACAACAUCCUCCUCCUCUCCUUCUUCUUCUCAAACAAUUUCUAAUACAAAUUUUUCUUCAAAUUCUUCCUCCUCUUCUUCCUGUUUUUCUUCUUUAUCUAGUAAAAUGACUGAAACAACAGAAUCCCCUCCUAAAGACUUGGAAAAUAACAAAAACGAGGAAAUUAAUUUAAUAGCAACACAAAAUUCAAAUAAAAAUAUUUCAUUAAAUCAAAAUAAUUUGAAUUCCUUGGACAUGCCUUGCUCUUCAGUAACUGCAACCUCUUCUUCACCUUCUUCAUCCUUUUCCUUAUCAUCGCCCAAGUCCGGUCCAACAAAAGUAAUUCCUUCAGUCUGUAUUAAUUCAACACAAAACUCAAAUUCAACAUGUUCAAAAUCUUGUGUAGAAAAUAUAAAAUCAACAAAAUAUUUUGAAGAUUCCCCUCCAUGUAAAAAAUUAGCUAGACACGACGAGGAAAAUAAAGAAGAAAAUCAGAAAAUAUUAAAUCAAGUUAUUCCUCGAAAAAACCUUAUUGAAAAAUUAACGGAAAUUGACCGUUUAGACGAGUUAAUAAAUUUACAAGGGUUGCAAAUUAGAAGUACACAGCAAAAUGUGGAAGAGCAAAUAACGGCUGCCCAAAGACUUUCUCAUAUUGGAGAUGAAAUUGUUGAACAAUUAGUUGAAUGGACUAAAUUAUUACCGUUUUAUGGGGAAUUACCUGUUGAAGUACACACAUUUUUAUUGACACAUCGUUGGGCUGAAUUGGUAUUAUUGUCAACUUGUUUCUUUGCCUAUUCUUCUUUAAAUAAUUUAAAAGAAAACGAGAGAAUGUCCAAUUCCGAUAGCAAUUUCAAUUUGGUACUUUUACAGCAACGUCUUUCCUCUGUAAUGGAUAAACAAAUACCUAUAGAGCAUGUUGAGAAAGAAGCAGGCCUUUUAGUUGAACAAUUUACUUUAUUAUUUAAUUCUUUUUGUAAUUUACAAAUUACUCUAGAAGCUUAUGUUUGUUUAAAGGCAAUUACAAUACUUCACUGUGGAACUAGCGGAAAUUAUCUCGAAAACUCCGAUCCAAUACUUGCCCCUCCUCCCCCUCCCCCUUCCUCCUCUUCUGCCUCUUCUUCAUCGACAAUAGAAAAACAAAAUUUAAAUAUCGAAAUAAAUACUUGUGCCAAUCCAGAAUUAAUUACACAAAAUUCUCAACAACAACAAUUAUCUAAUACUCUUGCUGGAAUUACUGGACAAUUACAAAAUCAUUAUUCCAAUAAAGUUUCUAUAAUUCAAGAGCAAUUUGUUAAAGCUUUACAAAUCCAUUUAAGUCAAUGUGAGGACGGCCCCAGACUUUCAGAUAUUCUUAAUUGGCUUCCAAUGCUUCGAACAGUUUCUUUAGUUCUUUUAAAUUCAAAAAUGUUUUAUGUUCCUUUUCUUAUUUGUAAACGGCCUUCUCGAAUAAAAAUAUUUCAACCAGAAUUGUUACCUAUUUCUUCAUCACAAAAUAAUUCUGAACAGGCUGGCGGCGUGAGAUUAAAUUUUAAAUUAAUUUUUUUAUUUUUUUAA